UACAUAUAGCAACCAUCAUGGCGGGUUCCACAGAUACAGUGAAAGUACCAAGAAAUUUUAAAUUAUUAGAUGAGUUAGAGACUGGACAGAAGGGUGUUAGUGACGGCACAAUAAGCUGGGGUUUAGAAAAUGAUGAUGAUAACACAUUAACACACUGGACAGGAACUAUUAUAGGACCACCAAGGACACCUUUUGAAAGUAAAAUAUAUACAUUAAAACUAACCUGUGGUGAAUACUAUCCAGACAAACCUCCCAUAGCUAGAUUUGUAUCCAAGAUAAAAAUGACAUGUGUACUUGAUUCUGGCCCUCAGACAGGUUUGAUUGAUUCCAGGAAAGUAGAUGCUUUACGGAACUGGACACAUGAAUGCUCAAUUAAACAGAUUUUAAUGGAUGUCAGAAAACAAAUGACACUUAAAGAAAAUUUUAAAUUCUCUCAACCACCAGAAGGAACUAGUUUUAGUUAGAUGAAAUCUUUUCUUGUUUGGUUUUCCUAGAUACUGAUGGGGUGUGUAAUUAAUGCCAAGGUCUGAUCUAGUCAUGGUAACUAUUUGGAAGGGAGGUAACCAUGGCUUAACUGACAGAUUGUCUCCCCAUUAUUUGCUAAGUUAGUGAAAGCUUUACAAGUUAAGAGUAUAUAUACCUCAUGGCAAAAAUCUUUCUUCCAAAUAGUUACAGAGAAAGGAUCAAUAAAGUGCUAUGAUGAAUAUAUAUUGGGAAGCUCACCUUCAUUGAAACUGUACCACAUCUAAGAAAGGGUAACAUUUUCUAUUGAUUUUUAUGUCAUCCCACAGUUACAGUAAUAUCAAGAAAAAAAUAUAGUUUGUUUUUUAGACGUUUGCUGUAAUUGAGUUUUCGUACCUUUUAAAACCAAUCACAUGCUCAUAUGUAGAUGAGCUUCCUAAAUAUAGACUUUCUUUAAUGUAGUUGUAUGUAUAUUGCGUUAGAAAUAAAGGAAAAUCAUAACAAAAAUUGUACGAAUCAUUAUUAUUGCUGACAAUGAAGAAGGACAACUUCUAUUAUUGAUGCUAAGAUAUAUUUUCCUAGCUGUACUAAAGAAUGUUUCUUAUUAAACAUAUCUCGGAUAAAAAAAAAACAGAAAAAAAUAUAUUAACCUUCAUGUAGUUCUGUCCCUUUGUUGUCAACCAUUUCACUUGCAACUUUGUACUUUUGCCACUUCAGCAUUUUUAUUUUCAACAGCCGUUAUCACAAAUUUUUAGAUUGUAUUUUGACUCAACUUGAAAAAAUUCAAUGCUAGGUUAAAAUUUAAUUUCAAGUAAGUUUUCUAAUUAACUUGUUAAUAUUCUUGUUAUAAGUGAAGUCAGAAUAAUUAGUGUGUUAAUUUACAUAAUUAGAUCAGUAUUUUUAAUUUAUUUUGCAUAAAUAUUCAGGGUUUAGAUAAACUACACCUAAAGUAACUUAUUAGUAACUUUUUAUGACAUAUUUCUUGCUUUAAAAUGAGUAUGUAAUUGAGAUUACUGGUAUUUUAUAUGUAAUAAUUAACUUCCAGUACAUGUGUUUUAUGUGCCACUGUUGUAAAAAGCAGCAAAAGAGGUCUUCUCUAGCAAUCUUCACUGAACGCUUACUAAGUCAAAUAUGAUAAACUGUUAACAGAAUUUCAAUUUUUUUUAAAUGUAAAAAGUUUUAAAUAUUGGGAGAUUUGGUUUAUAUUUUUUUCUGAAUUUGCUUAAAUAUAUUAGUUUGGCAAUAAAAUCAUCAAGUAUAUUUACAAAUCAUUUAUUCUUGUUAUAGAAAUUCUUCAUUUCUUUUUUAAAUUUGAGUUGAUUUAUGUUUUAGAAUUAUGAACACAUGCACAUAGAUAAGUAUCCUUUAGCAAAGAGCAUAACUUGAACAAUUAGUUCUAAUUGAUAAUUAGCAUGAUAAAUUUGUAGUCUUAUUAAAUACA